GGCAGCAGGGGGCGGCAUGGGUACAAUAACAAGUGUGGAGGAAGGAAGCGCAGUUAAAAAUGGUUGAACUUCAGUCAGCUAUUUUGUUGUGAACUCAUGUUGAUAUAUUAUUUGUAAACCAUCACAUUUACAAUGGAGAGGAGUUUAGGGACAGCUGCAGCGAUUAAGAUGUUAGGGUGAGUAAUGAAUAAAUCUGAUAUUUUCUGCGUAGUCACCAAGUACAUAUGAAAUUUUUUUUAGCCUUUAUUUGUCAGUCAGCUAACUAAGAUUUUCAAUCACGUACGUUUCAGUGUCUUAACUUUAAACAGUUAUAAUAAUCUGGACUUGACCGUUUCUGAGGAUUCCUCCAGGCUGAAACAUUUCACCUGUGGUUUUUAUUUCCUGCUCAGGUACCCGGGUGGUUCCUGCCUUACCCGGUGCAGGUGUGAUGAACUUCCCUGUCCCCUGCUCACCUGGCUGGCUACAGAGCUGAGAAGCCUCUGCCCUGAGCUGCAAGGUGUGUGGUGCUAACUAAACUGUUGUGUUACAAGCUGAAUUGUCAACCACUAGUACGCUUUACAGCAAUAUCAGUUGUAUCAGCAGAUAUAAUCACAUCUCUCUCUCUUUGACGUGUCUCUUUUAGAAUAGAUUUUAAGGUUGGUUUGUUGGUUUUUAAAGCUCUUAAUGGCUUUGGCCCUUCUUAUCUAUCUGAUCUGCUUUUACCUUAUGAGCCAGGUAGAGUCCUCAGGUCUCAAGUUAAAACCAAGACAUACGGUGAGGCAUCUUUUUAUUACUAUGGCCCCCGUCAAUGAAACAGCUUACCGGAAGACCUGAGGACUGCGCCUGAUCUUAAUGAUUUCAUAAGCUUUGUCUUUUAUUGAGCUAUUUUGGUGUUCUUAUUUUAGUAUCUUUUACUGUUGUUUUUAUUUCAUUUUGUUGAUUAUUUCUUCAAUUUCAUUCUAUGUAACUUUAUUUUUAGAUUUUAACCUAAACCUUGAGUGUCCUUAUCUUGACUUUUAAAAUGACGUUUCCUCAGUGCACACAUUCCUGUUUCCACGAAAUCAAGCCCUGUUUAAGUUUAUUCAUUUUUUAAUACUGUUUCUAUUACAAUUAGAUGGUAGGGUAGGAAUGAGGGGUUGGGCUGGGGUAGAUUUGGGUAUUCUUUGUUUCUUUUAUUCCUUUUUCUGUGUAAAGCACUUUGUGCUACAUGUUGUGUAUGAAAAGUGCUAUAUAAAUAAUGAUUGAUUGAUUGAUUGAAAGAAAGAAAGAAAGAAAGAAAGAAACAUUUUUUCUCACAUGGAAAUGAAUGAGUUAACUUGCAACAACAUGUUCUGAAAAGACUCUUUUUGUUAGACCCAAACGGGACAGGUGACGUUUUACUGGUAGAGGAACUGAAAAGUUUACUGUCAAAGAUGUCUACUCCCCUAACUGUGGUUUCAUCCGAGGCACUUGACCCGUCCAUCCUCAACAAAGUCACCGGUGAGAAAUAACCUGAGUCUGUUGUCCAUAGUUCAUGUCAAGUGUAACCCACUGAAUGAGAGAGGAGCUGAUCUCUCAUCUUUUUCUUUCCUUUAGAAUUCCUUGUGUCAGAGUUGCAAGCAGCUCACAUUAUGAGGUAUAGGGAGUCACAUGCCGAGGAGAAGAAAGCAGAAGAGGAGUCUGUAAAGGAGCAGAGAGGUGAAGAUCACAGCUGUAAACUUGCUGACUUUUGCCAAGAAUAUGCAGACGACAGUGUUUCUGACAAAAGGAAGGCAGAGAUACAGGCAGAAUGGAUAUUACUGCAGCGUGCACUUGACUUGGAAUCCUCCUGUCAAUUCACAGAUGUGUUGAAAGAGGUGAGAUCAACAUGGGAAACACUAAGCUAAAUCUAAGUUAUAAACUGAGAAUCAUUUCAAAAUUCUCUUUUUUUUUUUUUUGGUAAAGGUGGAGUCGAGGCUUGCUCGCCUUCCAUGUGAAGAUAUGACAAACCCCCUUCUCAAGACCAGCCUCACCUCAGGGCAAUGGGUAAGUUACCAGAACAAUACUAGGUUAAAUAUGCAUCAGAUGUUGCUUUUACAUGAUGUAAGUCUUUCAACUCUUUUUCUGUCUCUCUCUCAGACAGAAGUUAAAAAAAUCAAUGACGUUCUGUCAGAGGAUUAUCUGCGUCGACGACAGAUGAUGAUUAAACGCUUCCAGGUCACACUUGAGUCGUUCGCUUGGGGUGAAAAACAAAAGGUCAGAAAACCAAGAUUCAUGUUUAACAGCUGUUAACAACUAGUGAGUGUAUGUUUGCAUGUUGGGGUCAAGCAGAGGUUUCCAAUGAUGGUGAUGGAAAUGUGAUAAAUUUUGAAGGUAUUUUGCCAUAAAUCACAGUAUCAGAUGAUCAGGUAUUGACCUGAUGAUAGGGCUCAAUGAAAAUUUACCAGGUCACUUGAGUUUGUACAAAUGAUCCUGAAGGAAACAGUUAGUUGUUGUUGCUGAACAUUUUACUUACAGCCAUAAUUACUAAACUAUCAUUUUACCAGAGGAAAAGUGAGAAAUACCUAUUAGAAUUUACCUCUGCGGACCAUAAGUAACUAUCUAAAAACCUUAGUGGUGAUCAGUUCAUGUGUUAGAAGAUAUUUAAAAUGUUUCAUAUUAUGUAGACUUAUACAGCCAAGCCUCUAGCUUUGCCUCCCACCUAUUUCAGCUCUGGUUAGGAUAAUAUUAGCUGCAGCAGGUUAUUAAGGUACACACCUGAAGCAUUGCUGUUCAUGUUGAUAACAACAAACAUUCCUGUUUACUUAGCCUUUUGUCUGUUUUAUCCCCUGACAGCAACGCAGUGAAGCUCUGGCCUCAGUUCCUCCUCUAUCAUCCCUUGCUGGCACCUCUCUUGUAUCUCUAUCUCUUCUUAUCGCUGCCAGGGAGGAUCAGUCCACCAUUGAGCCGAUCAAGGCUGGAAAAAGCACCUCUGUGUACAAGGUAAAGCCAUAUACUUACAUUAAUCACUAGUGUAAUUCGGAAUGAAGAUGAGCAUUACUCAGAAUUAAGGUGGUUUGUUAUUUGACUUCCAUCUGUCUAGACGUUGAUGGGCAGCGUUCCAGACAGAGGAGGACGGCCUGGGGAGAUUGAGCCACCAAUGCCAGCAUGGGGAGAGAGAAGUUCCAAAGGACCCAGAUGGGGACGGGGGGGUGGACACCAUCAACGACGCAAAUUUCCAGAUAAAAAGAAGAAAGGGAAAAAAGAAUAACCUGUCCUCAUUUGACUUUACAUGAGAAUAAAGUAAUAUUUUCUCUUUAUUAAAAUUAUUUGAGAUAAGGGAAUGUUUAAAAUAGGAAUGGCUGUUGAACGCUACAUAUAUUAUCAUUUUAUAUGUACAAAUAUGUGUUUUCCAUAAUGGACUGGUAAUCAACCAGAUAUUUCUGUUUAUUUGAAGCAAGAAAAAAAUAUUGAUUUUUCAUUGGUGCUUGUGCAUUCUGGUUCGUUAAUUUAAGAAUAAACUCAUGAAAUGAAAGAGGA